AUGUCAGGGUGGAGCAAUGGCACCUACAAUGAGUCCUACACCAGCUUCCUCCUGGUGGGCUUCCCAGGGAUACAAGAAGCCAGAGCCCUCCUGGUGCUGCCCUUCCUCAGCCUCUACCUGGUGAUCCUCUUCACCAAUGCCCUGGUCAUCCACACGGUGGCGACCCUGCACCAGCCCAUGUACCUGCUCACCGCCCUGCUCCUGGCUGUCAAUGUCUGCACUGCCACCACCGUGCUGCCCGCCAUGCUGUUCAGCUUCUCCACACGCUUCAACCGCAUCUCCCUCCCUCGGUGCCUGGGACAGAUGUUCUGCAUCUACUUCUUCAUUGUCUUUGACUGCAACAUCCUCCUGGUCAUGGCCCUGGAUCGCUAUGUGGCUAUCUGCUACCCUCUCCGCUACCCAGAGAUAGUGACAGGACAGCUACUGGCUGGCCUGGUAGGGUUGGCAGCCACCAGGAGCACAUGCAUCGUUGCUCCGGUGGUGGUGCUGGCCUCCCGAGUGCGCUUCUGCCGCUCAGAUGUGAUCCAUCACUUUGCCUGUGAGCACAUGGCCCUGAUGAAGCUCUCCUGUGGGGACAUCUCACUGAAUAAGACCGUGGGACUCACUGUUCGCAUCUUCAACAGAGUCCUGGAUAUGCUUCUGCUAGGAGCCUCCUAUUCCCGCAUCCUCCAUGCCGUCUUCAAGAUCUCAUCAGGUGGAGCACGGUCUAAGGCCCUGAACACCUGUGGCUCCCACCUGCUGGUCAUAUUCACUGUCUACUCCUCCACCAUGUCCUCAUCCAUCGUCUACCGCGUGGCCCGCGCUGCCUCCCAAGACACACACAACCUGCUCAGUGCUUUCUACCUGCUGCUCCCAUGUCUGAUCAACCCCAUCAUCUAUGGGGCCAGAACCAAGGAAAUCAGGCAGCACCUGGUGACUCUGCUCCAAAGGACUCAGCAACAGGUCUCCACUGAGAAGCCCCAGUCCCUGCCCUCACAUAGAGAGCUUCCUGGCUGA